AUGCCGCUGCCCAACUUACCGACAGAGAUCAAAAAUACAAUACUCCAGAGUUUAAUAGACGAUGGUUGCAAGGUAGCUCGCUUCGCUACAGUGUCCCCUGGUUGGCUGGAAAUAAUCGAAAAGCACAACUUUACAAACAUCAGGCUCACGCAAUGGCGAAUCUCCGACCUAAACCGCAUGACACGGCGCAACCGAGCUCGAAUAAAAUCCAUAUGGUUUUGCGUGGAGUUGGAGCAAUACGAUUGUAUGACUUGCAGUCGUUUAUAUCUGAGCAAUGAAAUCGAUGCCGCCACACGCCGCAGAACAGAUAUUCUUAUUAUGAACGCACUUGAGGACCUAUUCGUGGCCCUUAGCAGCUGGACAAAUGAAGGCUUGACACUCGAUAUUAGCGUCUACUCGGAAAGUGAUGCACGUCACUCACUCAAACACCUCUCCUGCGAACCGGAUUUCGCGUCAGAGGAAGGCAACGCUUCCCGCGAAAAAGAGUUGACUAAGAUUGCGCGCGGAAUGAAGUCUGAUCGGCACCGAAAAGGUGGCAGAGUCAAGCAAAUGCUUCUCUUAGACCAUGGUAUCGAAAAAACGUUUGCGAAUAUUAUGAGCAUGCAUUUCUCCGGGCACUCGCUCGAAGCCGCCCAGGAGCGGCGACAUCAAUGGUGGCAAAAAUUGCCUCAAGUACCAGCCGUGACGAGGCUAUUACUUCGACAGCAAACACAGCGACGAUGGCAUCUCGAUACAGUUGCUAAGAUGCUUCACAAGUUUCCGAACUUGAGCGAGCUUCACUAUGAGCCUUGGAGGGAGUGGAAUGAUUGGUUUCAAGAGGUCACAGAUCGAGACUUCCAUAGUUUGCUCCGCAUAAUCCAUCUGAAACGACUGAAGAAGGUGGCAAUCUUUGAGAAUUUCAGCGAGCACUACGCCUAUAUCACGUCGUAUGCCCGUACCCUCUCCCGUGGACUCGCUCGCGGACUAGGUCGGGACGUCUUGAGUGCAUUUCCCAUGAUAGAAGUCAACCCGUUUACCUACGAUCGAAGCUGCUCACGUAUCCGAACUCCGAACUCUACUCUCGGUCGAGAACUUAGCUUCCUUAGUCAACAUUUUGAAUCAUUCGCCGCGUCAUUCAUGGUGGAUGCGAACGAGUUUUUCAACUCUGCCAGUCAUGAAACGUCCCAUCAUUGGCCAAAUUUGAGGUUCAUCACCCUUACUUCCCAAUUGCUAUCGCCGGGUAGCAGCCAUGAGAACAUCAUGGAUAUGCUUGUUGCUGCUGCGUGGGCAGCUAAACGCAUGCCACGACUUGAGACUCUGGAGAUAUGGAAUGGGCAGAGGAGGCUCGCGGCUCUUUUUCGAUACGAACGCAAGGGAGACCUUCACCCUGCUGUGAUUACCUGGAAAGGGACAUGGGAUCUCACUUUCUCAGAUGUCGUUAUCGAUACAUGGCAAAGUGUUACGGAGACGUGGACCACGUACGGAAUGAAGCAGGUGUAUGAAACAUUGGACGGUUAUGGUAUUCAGUCACACGCAGACGCAAUAAUCCAACUGAGGCUUCCAGAGAUGGUAGUUCGGCCUGUUUCUCUACAACAGAUUCGGAGAGAGCAAAAGUUUGGCUGGGAUUGGAUCAGAGCCCGCGACCUCCCGUCUAUUUUUGAUCAUCUUCGAAAGUUACAUGCCCCAAGUGGGUUUUGGGACACAUUCUUUCUCCGACUCUAA